AAGUCUUUUCUAACGGCCAUUUAUCUCAUGCAGGAGACAAAUGCGUACCGGUCGGUUCCCCUUGUAUCGUUAUAUGCAGUGCAGCUAAUAUCUGGAGCUCUUGCUGGCCUUAUUGCAGAUAGUUCAACUCAUCCGUUGGACACUCUUCGAGUUAGGGUACAAUGUGUAAGAAAAGAUCACUGUCCGCCUUCUUCUUUUCAAUUGUUCAAGUUGUGUUUACAACACGAAUCCUGGAAGGGCCUCUAUCGCGGUUUUGGUGCCGUUGUAGCUUUUUCCAUUCCUGCACAUGCUCUUUACUUUGCUUCAUAUGAAAACGCCAAGAGAGCCUUGGAAAAGAGAGGAGUGAAUGAAGAGAUUUCGCCGACUAUGGCAGGCGUCGCAGCAGAGUUCUUUGGUGGACUAUUGUGGACUCCACAAGACGUAAUUAAGCAGCGCUCACAGUUACAGGGAGCUCCAGGAGUAAUUGACGACGGAAAAUAUGCCAAUCUUCGUCGCUCUGUUCAGACGGUGUGGUUAGAAGAAGGACUGCGUGGGUUCUAUCGUGGAUAUUUCAUUGCCUUUUUUUCUUUCGCUCCAUUUUCAGCACUGUAUUUUUCAGGGUUUGAGUGGAGUCGUAAGAUCAUGCAACGAAUUCUUAGAAAGUCUGAAGAGGAAUCCAAUGGUUUCAUCGAUCUAGUAGCCGGUACUGUAGGUGGGAGCUUAGCUACGGUUUUAACAACUCCAUUAGAUGUUCUAAAGACUAGAUACCAAGUUGAAAGGUCGAUCCAAUUCGAUAGUUCUCAGACUGUUUUCAAUAUUCGGUCGCGUCCUUCGAUCACUAGGAUAGCCUUUCAGUUAGUAAAGGAAGAGGGAAUAGUUGGGUUGUUUCGAGGUGUCGGAAUAAGACUGGUAUGGCUUGUUCCAGCCGCUUCUAUUACAAUAACUAUUUAUGAAAACUUGAAGAGGAACUUGGAAAAAUUUUUAUGAAACUUUGUUCCUUGAGCUCUUCUCGCUGUAUUGAUAGCUUUUUGUUUUUGAAUAGGUAGAAGCUAACUCUAUUGCAGACACAAACAAUUAAAUUAGGAACUUAAGUUGUAUACAUAUAGAAUGAAUAAUGUUGAAUGGUUUUCAAUUUGUUUGAGAAUCGAGAUCCAGUUGAAUCUGAACAAGGCGUUUUUGAUCGAUGAAAGUUGGAACAUCUAAUUGAGAAAAAUGGACAUAUUACAAGGUGCCAAGUUCGUAGACUGGCUACCUCCUUUUUUACCGAUUUUCUUUAGAGACUUGACGGAUGAAGAUUUUUGUCGGUAUGCUAGAAACAUAAAGAAUACAAAGGUUAU